AUGGUCGCCGAAACAAAGCUAUACGACUCGCUAGGCAUCGCGCCUACCGCGACCCCCGACGAAAUCAAANAGGCCUAUCGCAAAGCAGCCUUGAAAUACCACCCCGACAAGAACAAAGACAACCCUCAGGCCUCGGAAAAAUUCAAAGAGGUCUCGCAAGCCUACGAAAUCCUUUCCGAUGCCGACAAACGCAAGACCUACGACCAAUUCGGUCUUGAAUUCCUGCUAAGAGGUGGUGCUCCUCCGCCGGAUGACGCUGGCGGUGCUGGUGGCUUUGGUGGUAUGCCCGGUGGUUUCGGAGGCUUCCCCGGAGCGGCAGGAGGGCCUGGAGGUGCAAAGUUCCACUUUUCGACUGGUGGUGGUAUGCCUGGUGGCUUCUCCUUUAGCAACCCCGAGAACAUCUUCUCAGAGUUCCUCAGAAAUGGUGCUGGCGGUGGUAUGGGAGGAGGUAUGGGCGACGAAGACGACUUCUUCUCGUCCUUCGGCAGCGCCGGUGGCAUGCCUGGCGGUUUUGGAAGCCCAUUCGGUGGACGCCCUGGAGCAGGUGCUCGUGCCCGUCCUAGCAUGAAUGGCGGCAUGCCCAGACGUCAACAAACACCAGAAGUCACCGUUGUCGAGAAGCCAUUGCCCGUCACCCUCGAGGAUCUGUUCACUGGCUGCACCAAGAAGAUGAAGAUUAAGAGAAAGACAUUCGACGAGCAGACCGGCAAGCAGUCGGUACAAGACCGCAUCCUUGAGGUCCCAAUCAAGAAGGGUCUCAAGCCCGGCAGCAAGAUCAAGUUCGCCGGAGUAGGAGACCAGGUCGAGGGAGGUGUCCAAGACCUGCACUUUGUCGUUGAAGAGGUAAGAGCGCACAACCCACAAUCCAUUUGUCACACAAGUACUAACACCUAUCGCAGANAAGAACACCCCCUAUACAAACGCGAAGGCGACGACAUCAUCCACAACGUCGAAAUCACCCUGAAGGAAGCCUUGACCGGCUGGUCCAGAACCGUAAAGACCAUCGACGGCAAGCAAAUCGGCGUCAGCUCUGGCGGUCCCACACCACCAACCUACAGAGACCGCUACCCCAACCUAGGCAUGCCCAAGAGCAAGAAGCCAGACGAACGAGGAGACUUUAUCGUCGGCGUCAAGAUCCAAUUCCCUACAAGCUUGAACCUUCAGCAGAAGAACCAACUCAAGGAGAUUCUGUGA